AUGACUUCCAACUCUGGAAGCUCAACAAUGACAAUGAAUCUUGGAACAAUUUUUUACAUGGCUCCAGAAAUUAUUGGAAGUGGAUACGAAAUUGGAAGCUCAUUGGAUGUCUACAGCUAUAGUAUGAUCAUGUAUGAAUUAUUCUUUGAGGAAAAACCUUAUUCACCAACAUAUUCUACCAAAAUGACAAAAUUCUCCCCCAAUAGUUCUUUAGACAGUUCCAGAGAUUCCCAACAAUUUGCAUUUUCCAUUCCAUUAAAAGUGUUAAAAUGUGAGAGACCAAAUAUACCUUGGAAUAAUUCACAAGAAUUCGAAGGUUGGAUUGAUGAAUUUGUAAAACCAUACCAAAGUAGUAGUAGUAGUGGUGGUGGAUUGAAUCACUCUGGAGUAUGUUCUGAAUAUAUUGAAUUGAUGCAACAAUGUUGGGAUCAAGUACCAUCCAAUAGACCAAACUUCAAGGAAAUUGGCCAACAAUUAAACAACAUGCUAAGCAGUUUAUGA